AUGGCAGCCACUAGAACAUCAUCGCGCCAGGCGGCCACCAAAGCAAAGGAGGCCAUUGCAAGCAGCGCAGAUUCAAAAAAGGGUGCGGCUGGUGCCAAACGCAAAGUCUCGACAGUAAAGGGCCCGGAACCUAAACGGGGCAAGAAGGAGGAUCAAAAUGCCUCGGCAGAGGAGGAAUGGAGUCGGGAAGGGGUUACGGAGCCAGGAUUAGAAGAGAUACCGAAGAAAGAGGAUGUAAAACAGGAGGAGACGGCUGAGCCUGCUGAGGAAGCCGAAACGAAGCCUGUAACGAAGACCCCAGAGCCGGUGGCUGGAGUGGAGUCUGGAGUUAGAAAGUCCCAAGAAAGAGAAGAUAUUGUGCCGUCAAAUAUUCUAGAAAAGGGUAUCAUCUAUUUCUUUUACCGACCCCGAGUCAACGUUUCAGAUCCACACGACGUGAGCGAUGUUGCUCGGAGCUUUUUUGUCUUACGCCCGACGCCUCUAGGAGCAGUACUUGACGGAGAACAGGGCUCGGUUGAACCCGGUGCAAAUUGUCGCUUGAUGAUUCUUCCAAAAAAGAAGUUUCCAACAUCUGGAAGAGAAAGAGAUAUGGGAUUUGUGGAAAAGAGUGGACAGUCCAUGAAGGACCUGCAGGAAAAGUUCCUUGCUGGGGGGCAGUAUGUGACUUCGACUCGGGGUGAACGUACGACCCAAGAAGCAAAACCAUAUGCAGAAGGGGUAUACGCCAUCACGUCGACUCAGCGGGCAUCUCAUCUUGCCUAUAUCCUGACGAUCCCCGAAAAACUGGGCGAUGUUCAGGAUAGUUUCGGUCUUCGCCAUCGUGGUAGCUGGAUUGUGCAGUCGAAGAACCCUAAGUAUCCUGGCCCGUCUUACGCAAAGCUUCCUAAGGAUCCAGAGUAUCCCGAACACAUCCGCGAGAAAUUCCAAGACUUGCGAUGGGUCCCCCUGGAGCCUGAAUUCAUCGAUUAUCCCAAUGCACAAUUUCUGAUGAUUGGAGAAGCAGGCGAUGGCCUGGGAAAGGCUGCAACCGCAGAGGCUGGUGGCAAGCAGCCUCACGAAGAGCAGCCAGGCGAAGAGCUCGAAAAGAUGGAGCAUGAGAAUGAAGAACGUAUCGAAGCGUUACAAGGUGACGAUACCGUGUAUCAAGAUCUGGGGCUGGAUGCGAAGAAUUAUCCGAAAGUGCCAUCGACCUGGAAUGAAGGGUAA